AUGUACCUGCUGAAUGAGACAAACAUGGACAUGAACUAUAAAAUGGCCUGGCAGAUAUCUGAAAAAGCCUACUGGAGUAAAUAUAAACUGAUAAAACCACUGGAAAAAGAUCUGUUCAAGGCGAUUUAUGUUUACACUCUUGUUUAUCCAAAAAUCUAUCCUGACCUGAACAAUGCAGUUCGAACCCAGAAAUCCCAGUAUAAGACCACAUUCAGGUACCAUGCACUUCACUUCUUCCUGACCAGAGCCAUCCAAACUCUCAAUGCUGGAAAGCCUGAAAGAGAAAGAUGUCUGACCAGCUAUCGUAGGACCAGUGUUAGCUUCAGCCAGGAUGUUCUCAACAAGGAGUUUCGCUUUGGCUCGUUCACGUCCAGCUCACAGGAAGAUUAUCUUGGAGCCCACUUUGGGGAAGAGUCAUGCUUUAAGAUUGUCACAUGCUUUGGAGCAGACAUCCAGCGUUAUUCUGUGUAUGGAAACGAAAGAGAGGUUCUUAUUCCUCCUUAUGAGGUAUUUAAAGUCAGUAAAAUAAUUACGGGAACCAAACUAAACAGACAAAAACGUUGUAGCGUGAUCUAUGAAGUGCAGAGUGCAGGUACAUCCUCCAAUUUGAACUGUGCUCUCUCAUAAAUGACAAAUAAGAACAAACAUGGUUUAUAUACGUGAUUAAAACUCAGAGUUUCAUAUCGUUUCAGUCAUAUUAGUUGUUAAUGUUAUGGUAGAACCAUGAAAUUGAAAUCCUUGACUUAAUAACAGAAAAUUACAUUACAUCAUUACAAUAUUGUUACUGUACAGUACAUUGUUUUUCAUGUUUGUCAUAGAAACAUGUCACAUACUGUGUUCAUAGCUUUUCGGCAUGUAA